AUGACGCAGGGGCUUCUCACCGAGCCACCAGCCGCCACCGACCCCGGUCUGCCCUCAAAUGCCGACCCCGAUGGCGGUGACACGUCCUCAGUCAAGGUGGCCGUGCGCAUCCGUCCUCUGGGGGAUUCCGAGCUCGAGGCCGGGGCAAUCAGCGUGGUAACGCGUGCGGUUCCCCGCGGCGGUGUUGGUCUGCCGGUGGUAAUCAACGGGCGUGACCGGGUUUUCGCGUUUGACUAUGUUUUUGACUCCAACCACUCGCAGGAGGACCUGUAUGGAUCCUGCGUGGCGCCCCUGGUGGAGGCCUUCAUGGACGGGUAUAAUGCCACCGUUUUCGCCUAUGGGCAAACGGGCUCCGGCAAAACCUACACCAUGGGCUCGGACUCCGGGUCACUUUCGUCCAUCACCGCGCCGCGGCCCUCCCAAGAUGCGGCCUUUGAUGAUGUUGUCCUGCCGACCCACGCCCCGACCACCCAUUUGGGCAUCCUGCCGCGGGCGGUCUUUUCCAUCUUCGAGCAGAUUGACCGUCGUCGAGCCGAAGCCCAGCAGGCUGGCAGCCCGGCCCCCUCCUUCGAAGUUGGCGUGUCCUUCCUGGAGCUCUACAAUGAGGAGUUCAUUGACCUGCUUCAGCCACGUACGCGAGAGCUCCACAUGAUGGUGGCUACCCAGCGCCCCGGCGAGAUGAUUCGCCUGAAGGAUGACCCGGCCACCGGCGGCGUGGAGCUUCUCGGAGCCCGAGAGGAGUAUGUGGAAUCGGCGCUGGAGCUCCUGGCAUUGGUUUCCCUCGGGGCGCAGUCCCGCACGACAGCCAGUACCGACAUGAAUCUCGUCUCGUCACGGUCGCACGCCAUCGCCAGCAUCACCCUCCGUCAGAAGCGCUAUGCCGGGGGGGCCGGCGAGCCGCAGACACCCGGAGCCGCCGGAUCCGGCUCUGGGGCUGCCACUGUGGAGUUUAUCACCAGCAAGUUUCACCUGGUCGAUCUUGCCGGAUCGGAACGCCUCAAGAAGACCAACGCGGUCGGUGAGCGCGCCAAGGAAGGCAUCAACAUUAAUAUGGGCCUCUUGGCACUGGGAAAUGUCAUCUCCGCCCUGGGUGACGAAGCUCGGCGGUCGUCCUUCAUCCCAUACCGCGAUUCCAAACUCACCCGCCUUCUCCAAAACUCCCUUGGCGGCAACAGCAAGACCCUGAUGAUUGCCUGUGUCAGCCCGGCCGAUGCCAAUGCCGCCGAGACCACCUCCACCUUGCACUACGCCAGCCGCGCGAGAAACAUCAAGAAUGUGGUGUCGGUGCAGCAACUCUCGGUUGGCGAUGGCCCCGGGCUCGGAGCCGCGGCCGUUGAGGAGCUCUUCAGCCUUCGACGGCAGGUGGUGGAAAUGCGCGCCGAACUUCGGGCUUUGAAAGGGGGCAUCGGCAUGCCGGCCCCAGGCCGGCCCAGUGGCUCGGGCUUCGGCAUGCGUGGGUACCCCGCCUCACCGGCGACAUUGAUGUCGACCCUCAGUGUGUCUUCCCCCGGCGGGCCGGGUGUCCAUGCCGCUGGGGCGACGGCGGAUUUGUUGGCACGGCUGCAAGCUUCGGAGUCCGAGCGCCGGCGUCUGGAGGCCCUGGUUGCUUCGUUGCGCGACCGCUGUGCCGACUUGGCCCAGCAGGUGGCCCGUCUCCGGGCAGUUGAAGAGCCACACCUUUUCCGCAGCCAACAGCGCCGGCGAUGUGGCAGCAUCAAUGAUCCCCCGGCCGAGGAUGACAUGAGGCCAGUGGAUGCCGGUGCCGGCGAGCUGGGAGGCCCGGCCGCCGGCGAGCCGACGGCACCCGAGGUGGAUUGCGCCUCUGUGACAGUCCUGCAGGAGUAUCUGGAUGAGAUUACCGAGCUGCGCGGGCGCCUGGCCAUGAGCGAGGCCACGGUCGAGGACCUGCGUGCUCGGCAGGCGGCCGAAUUGGAGGAGCUGGAUGCCCCGUUGGCUUUCCCGCUGGAUGAGCGCCCACUGGAUAUCAACCGUGUUAAGAGGCGUCUCCGGAAGAUGGAGCGGAAACUCCGCGCAGCCGAAAGCGCUGCGGAGAGCGUGGCCCCGGAUACGCCCGCGCAUGCUGCUCACAGCCCCACUAUGAUGGCCGUCGGCACAAGUCAGGCGGGGGACGAGGCCCCUGCCUCGAUGGUGGUGGACGGCGAACAGCCUGCGCUCCUGGCUGGCGGUGAGGACCGCAUGCCUGUCGAGCAGGGCGCCUUGGACGCGGCUUCGCUGUGCGUGGCCCCGGGGGCCGAGCCGGUUGGUGUGUCGACCCUCGCCGAGGCACCCUGCGAUGUUGAUGAUUAUGACCGUGCCACCGAGGGCAGGCGCGGCUCUGCCGCACUCAACCAUGGAUCCGGCACUGAUGAUGAUGAUGAUGAUGCUGAUGAGGGUGCGGAUGAUGAUGGCGAGGAAGACGACUCCGACGGAGAAGGGGACUGCUCCUUCUCGAGCUCGGUCAAUGGCAUGAUACAAUCGAUGGUGGAAAAUCCGACAGAGAACUCCCGUCAGUUGUUGAGCCAGUUCGCCCAGAUCAAGGAGGACAUCAUGGAGAAGGCUCAGCUUGUGACGGAGCUCGAGCGAAAGGAAGUCGAACUUUCCGAGCUCCGGUACACCUUCAGUGAGCGGCUGAACGAGCUGACCGCGGAGAAAAAUCGCCUCAUCCUCGAGCGUGACAAUGCGCUGAUCCGCAUCAAACAGUCUGCCAAGCCCGGCGAGCAGCGUGCCAUCGAGGCCGAGCGCGACCGUCACGAUCAGCGCAUCCGCCAGCUCACCGAGCAGAUUGCGGACCUUCGCUCCAAGUACCAGGCAAACCAGAAGGUCCUCCGGUCGAAGCUCAAAAUCGAGGAACACAUGCCGGCACUGAAGGCCUCGAUUGCGACUCUCGAGCAACAGCGUCGCGACUUGAUCAUCAAAAUGCGCGCCGAGCAGCGGGACCACCUUCGCGAGCGUCAGUUGGCCGCGCAGGAGAUCAAGGUCCUGCAGAAGCGCGAGAUGCAAAGCAGCGGGCUGAUUGGCAAGCUCCAGCGGAAUAUCGAGCAAAAGGAGGGCCAGCUUCGUCGGCGAACCGAGGAAGCCAUCAGUGCCCGAGAGAAGCUUCGUGUUCUGGAUCGCUCGCGAUACCUCACCAAGCCGCGCGCGAGCGAGAACAUCCCUCGGAUCAAGUCCAGCUUCGAUGCCAAGCUCAAGGAUUGCAUCUCCCUUCGCGAGCUUGAGGCCGUCUUGUCGCGGCUAACGCAGCGGCGCAAUUCGCUGGUUACUGAGCUGUCCCGCCUCCAGCGAGAGCUCGACCAGGCACCAGGCCCGGAUGUGGAGGACCGGUUGCAGGGGGCUCAGCGUGCGGUCGAGGCCUCCCUGUCGGCCUGCCAUUCGCGCAUCACCGAAGUCCAAAACGAGCUGUCCAACCAGUAUCGAACCCUGUCCGAUGACCGGUCGCGCUUCCCCUCCUCGUCAGGCGCCCAGCGAGGCCUCUUUGGCAGUCCGAAGCCCUCAUCCGAGAACAUCGAUCAGCCUCAGGUGUUCAUGCCAAUCAUCGAGAUCUACACGCGGCUUUCCUUUCCAGCGCUUCGAGAACUCUUUAAGCUCCUGACCGAGGAUCUUGUCACGGCAAGGGUCAACAACCGCAUAUUGGCUGCCCAGCUGGAGCAGUUCCGGCGAAUGGCCGGCGCAGGUGCAACUCCUCCGGAAGCUGUUCCCACCCCUCGGCCUGCGGCAGCCGGGCCGGACAUUUCGCACCUCCAGCGCAGCAUCGCCGAGCAGCGCCUAGCCGUGGAGAUGCGCGCAUCCAAGAUUGCCGCCCUCCAAGCACAGCUCACGGGUGCUGGGCCGUCCGCCAGCGAGUCGAACCUCCUGGCUCGUCCGUCCUCCGGCACACCGGCCCCGAUGGCCAUUGAUGAGGCAAUGCUGCCGGGGCUGGGUGGCCAUCCAGCCAACAUGUCGCCUGGACGCAGUAACAGCAGCAACACCAUCACAACCUCCGCUCCCGUCAACCGCCAGACCCUCCAGCGCUUUGCCACUCUGGUCGGCCAUACAGGGGGCGUGACACAGCUGGCCCUCGGUGGACACGGCUUUGCCGAUGUGGCGGACAUCUAUGGCCCAGAUGGACCGCGUCACUUUGGCGGCGAUGCCGCCGGCCAGGGGCUGAGUCCCUUCGCUCGGAGCCUGGAUACCCAGCUGUUCAGCUCCGGGCGUGAUGGGACUGUCCGUCUCUGGGAUGUGGCGCUGGCGUCCGGUGGGGCGGUGCUGGCCCAGAGCGAUGGGCCCAUCCACAGUUUGGCGGCCGUGGGGAAUUUCGCCUUUUACCUGAAUGACGAGGGCAUAGGCUUCGUGGAUGCACGGGCCCCACCGCACUCGCCUCUUUCCGGCGAUGCGGAUGCCUGGUCCGGGCUUCGGUGGCUUCACCGGCCCGUGACAAUGGCCGUGGCGCCAGAUGGCCGGUACCUCCUGACGCCGAGUGGCUUCCAGCAGCUAUCCAAUCCGACCGAUGCCACCUUUGCCGAGCAUGGGGUUGCCGUGUGGGAUGUGCGCAUGCGUCGGCCAUUGAAUGGCCUUCGUGGGGGGUUCCGCGAUGCGCCGUGCUCCUUUGCCGUGGUCCCGGCCGGGGGCAAUGUGAUGCACGGGCUGACAGCCCGGCCGGCUUUGAUGCUGUGUGCCUCGCGCGAUCGCAUAGUCCGAGCAUACGACCUGGCCUCGUUGGAUCUUGUGUCCACCUUCCACCCGCCACACCAUGAUGCCGUGAGCACGGUCUUCGCCGGGCCGGCGGAUGCCGAACUCCAUGGCAUCGGAGGGGAAACUGUGGCCUACUCCAGUGGGGGCUUCAAUUCGGGCUUCAUUAAACUCUGGCAGCUGGCUGCCGGAUCGCGUGCUGGCCAUGAGAACCCCUUGAGCACAUCGCAAGUGGCUCGCGACGGCGGUGAUGCAACUCCCUCCUGGGGGUUCGUUUCGCGGCUCCGAUCUUCCUCACUGACGGGUACCCGGCCGAUGGCCGGGGAGCCCAUCGGGGGAGGCGCAAGUGGCGAUGCCAGUAGUCGAGAGAUUUCCUUCACGGCGGAGCCCGCCCGCCCGGGCCCGAGCCUAGCCACUCGUGAUCCGGUGACAUCCUCCUCCACACUUGGCACCUGUCGAACCAUUGUCACUGGCCAUCGUGAUGGGUCCCUGCGGCUGUGGGAGCCCCUUGCUCGGGCUGCGGCGGCCAGCUCGGGUCCCCCCUCCCGCGGACCUUCUCCCUCUCGAGCGGCGGCCAACUUCGGCACCGGGCCCAACUUCACCACUCAGUCGCAGCCCCGGGCCGAGCUCCCCGGGGCGCACGCUGGUCCGGUGGCCGCGCUUGUGUACCUGGCCGAUCAAAGCAUGUAG